UGUGCGCCAGUCGCUGGCAGGCCUGCUGACGACGGCGUUCUCCAACCUGACGCAGCGCCAGAUCGAGGUGUUCGUUGAGGGCCUGUUCAAGUUCAACGACGAGUUUGAAAAGUUCCGCACGCAUGUGCGCGACUUCCUGAUCCAGACAAAGGAGUUCGCCGGCGACGUGGCCGACCUGUACCUGGAGGAGACCGAGCGCGAGCUCGAGGCCAAGAGGCAGGAGGAGAAGGAGAAGGCCAAGGCAAUUCCGGGCAUGAUCAAGCCCAGCGAGAUGGAGGAGUAGAUGCGGCAGAGCCCAGGCUUCCCGGUCGUUGAUCUUGAUUCGAUUUCCAUUUUCUGUGAUGAGUAAAAUUUUCAAACUUUUUUUCGCUGGGGAAAGUUGCUGGUGUUGGGAUCGCUGAGGGCGCGCGCUUCUUUUAUUCCUGCUCAGCAAAAUACCCUUCUAUUUCAAUUCAUACAGCAGCAAUGGCAACACUCUACAAGACGGCAAAGACAGAAUACAAGGACGUCGAGGACCUCAUUGAGGAGAAGGACAAGCGCUCAAACAUCAAGCAGCGCGUGCUGAUGGUGGCGAGCCGCGGCGUGACGUUCCGGCACCGGCACCUGAUGAACGACCUGGAGGCUCUGCUGCCGCACUCGAAGAAGGAGUCCAAGGUCGAGGCGAAGCAGGACAUGGACGUGCUAAACGAGCUGGCCGAGAUCCACAACUGCAACAACGUGUUUUACUUUGAGGCGCGGAAGCACACUGACCUGUAUUUGUGGAUGUCGCGCGCUCCGUCGGGCCCGAGCUUCAAGUUCCACGUGCAGAACAUCCACACGAUGGACGAGCUGAAGAUGACGGGCAACUGCCUGAAGGGCUCGCGGCCGAUCCUGUCGUUUGACUCGAACUUUGAUUCGCAGCCGCACCUGCAGCUGCUGAAGGAGGUGUUUACACAGACAUUUGCUGUGCCGAAGGGCGCGCGCAAGAGCAAGCCGUUCUUUGACCACGUAUACACGUUCAGCAUUGUGGACAACCGCGUGUGGUUCCGCAACUUCCAGGUUGUCGAGAAGGACCCGGAGACCGGCGGCGACAUGGGGAAGGACGCGAAGCCGACGCUGGUCGAGAUUGGGCCGCGGUUUGUGCUGAAUCUGAUCCGCAUCUUUGAGGGCAGCUUUGGCGGACCGACGCUGUACGAAAACCCAAGGUACAUUUCGCCGACGGCUGUGCGCUCGGCUGUGCGCAACCAGAAGGCGACCAAGUAUGAUGCCCACCUGGCAGCCAAGCAGGAGCGCGAGGCGCGGCUCAAGGAGAACCCGCUGCCGGUGGAUCCGCUCAAGGAUGUGUUCAACUAGGCGCUUCUACAAUAUAUCGGUUCACCGAGCCUAGAGGGUAUGUGGGAGGCAAUGUUGGUUAAAAGAUAGUGAAUGUU